AUGGCCACCUCUGCGGCCGAUGGAGACAAGACCAAGGCAAAGCCCAGUGCACUGCGCUCGAUCAUAGCUGGCUCGACCGCAGGCGCAGUUGAAAUUGCAAUUACCUAUCCGUUUGAUUUCCUCAAGACACGAUCCCAACUGAACCGCCACCUGCCAACCGAGAAAAAGCUCCCGUUGCCUCCUUUUCCCUCGAAAGAAUGGUAUACAGGAUGCACCACAGCCAUCAUAGGUAAUGCCUUCAAGGCAGGUGUGCGCUUUGUCGCUUUCGAUCAAUACAAGCAUCUCUUGUCCGACGAGGAUGGGCAAAUAUCCGGGCCUCGGACGGUGGCCGCUGGGUUCGGUGCCGGCAUCACAGAGUCUCUGUUGGCGGUGACGCCCUCAGAGUCCAUAAAAACACAGUUGAUAGAUGAUCGCAAACGGGCACAACCGCGAAUGCGAGGUUUCCUUCAUGGCUCAUCGGUUAUCUUCAAAGAAAAGGGCCUUGCUGGCUUUUUCCAAGGCUUUGUGCCCACGACAGCUCGACAGGCGGCAAACAGUGCCGUCAGAUUCAGCACGUAUACCAGUCUCAAGCAGUUUGCCGAGGGGUAUGUGGCACCUGGUGAGAAGCUCGGCUCGGUGACGACGUUCGCGCUUGGAGGUCUUGCAGGGGUUGUCACGGUCUAUGCGACCAUGCCUCUCGACACCAUCAAGACUCGAAUGCAGAGUCUGGAAGCGAAGCAGCUAUACCGAAACAGCUUUAAUUGUGCCACGUCGAUUUUCAAGAACGAAGGGAUUCUCACCUUCUGGUCGGGCGCGCUACCACGACUUGGUCGCUUGACCCUGAGCGGUGGUAUUGUUUUUACCAUGUACGAAAAGACAAUGGAGCUUCUGGACUCCUUGGACCCAGACAGAAAGUACAUCUAA